CUAUGCUCAUCACAUAUAUAAAAGAAAUACUAUAUAUGUAAAACCACUUAUCAUACAAACCUAACCCUUUUCCCGUACGUCAACGUGUACCUCUUCUCUCUCUCUAUAUCUAUAGAUCUAUCUUUUUUUUUUUUUUUACUUCAAUCUCCUUUAUCACAAAAUAUCCAAAGAAAGUUAUCAAAGAUUGCAACACACACACAAAAAAGUUAGAGAAAAACAAAAAAGCCAUAUACACAUCAUGAAGCUCGUUUGGUCUCCAGAAACUGCCCUAAAAUCUUACAUAGACACUGUGAAAUUGAAAUCCGUAAUGUGAAAAAUUCAAGGAAUCUGGGGUAGCUGAGCUUCUCUCAUCCAUGGCAGCGGGAUGGAACGCCAAGUUCAUCGUCGAAUGUUACUCCCACGGCGGCCCAAUAGCCGCAAGUAUUGGCCUAGCGGUUGCUGCUCGCAACACGGGUGCAAGACAUGUGUGCAUAGUUCGAGAUGAAGGCACAAGGCAACACUACACAAAAGCCCUAGCGGAGAUGGGAGUAUCCCCGCCACCGGAGAUUGUUCACGGGGAGGCGGAAACGGUGAUCAAAAGCCUCGACGGGUUGGAUUUUCUCGUGGUGGAUUGUAGACUUAGGGAUUUUGCUAGGGUUCUUAAGGUUGCAAAAGUUAGUACUAGAGGGGCAGUUUUGGCAUGCAAAAAUGCAUGGCAAAGAUCGAAUUUUUCUUGGUUUAAAUGGAACAUGGUUCUUGAAAGAGGCACACGUGUGGUUAGAUCGGUGUUUUUGCCGGUUGGAAUGGGUUUGGAUAUUGCUUACAUAGGAAGUGGAAAUGGUGGUGGUGGUGGUGGUGCAUCUUCAAGUGCUGGUUCUUCAAAGAAUGCUGCUAGCCGUUGGAUCAAAUGCAUAGAUCAACAAUCAGGAGAAGAACAUCUUUAUAGAGAGAGUAGGUUUUAAUUUGUUAUAAUAAUUAAACUCUUGUGUUUGAAUAUAAGUAAAAUUGUAGGAAUAUGCUUAUUGAUGGACAUAUUUUUGAAAAAAAAUUCAGUGUGAAGUAUGACUUUAGAGAUCAAGUUUCUGACUUUUUUGUGUUUCUUACUAGGAUUUGGGAUUUUAAGGUAUAGGGAAAAUAAAUAUUCUCAUCUAUGAUAUAGUUGAAAAAUGGGAAAGUUUAGACAAUUCAUAUUUUGAAUUUACUUUUUAAAUUUAAUUAUCGAGUUUAAAAUAUGAAACUUCAUAGGAGUUUUAAUACUUUGCAUUUUCUAAUUUGCUAAAAAUUCAGAAAACUAAAUGUUCAUCAGAUACUAGCUUAGUGUGGUAAGAGUUUAGUUUUAUGAUUUUAAUGAAUUAAGUUUAACUCUUUUAAAAGAUUGUAAAUGAUGAUUAAAUCUUGUAAAGGUGUGUCUUAA